AGCUAGUGAGAUAAUAAUUUUUAUAGUCAUCGAGCGACUACUCGAGUAUAUAAGUGACAUAGUAAUAGAGUGUGCGCACGCAGUACAUUGCAACCUUGUUAUAGAAGCAACAAGUUCCCGGUCACGAUAGCGAUGCGUUCCGUCAGUGUCGUGUUGAUUCUCGUAGUGGUCGCAAUGGCGAGCUCGGCACCCUCUGACAGUCCUCCCAAAAAGGAGCAUUACGACGUAGAAAAGGCUGAUGAACUCUUCGAACAAUACAUAAAGGACUACCAAAAGGAGUACGAGGACGAAAACGACAAACAAAUGCAUUUCAAAGCGUUUGUCGAGAGCUUAAAGAAGAUCAAUAAGUUGAACGCGGAGAGCACAAGCGCCACUUUCGGUAUUAACCAGUUCACCGACUAUACCGAGAAAGAAAGGAAAAAUAUAUUUGGUUUAAGAUUGGUCGCAAUGGCGAGCUCGGCACCCUCUGACAGUCCUCCCAAAAAGGAGCAUUACGACGUAGAAAAGGCUGAUGAACUCUUCGAACAAUACAUAAAGGACUACCAAAAGGAGUACGAGGACGAAAACGACAAACAAAUGCAUUUCAAAGCGUUUGUCGAGAGCUUAAAGAAGAUCAAUAAGUUGAACGCGGAGAGCACAAGCGCCACUUUCGGUAUUAACCAGUUCACCGACUAUACCGAGAAAGAAAGGAAAAAUAUAUUUGGUUUAAGAUCGUCAAAGCAGUUAACGAAGUAGGUACCUACAUGAAGAAAACAAAAAAAUCUUUCAAGAAAACUUUUACUUUAUACUUAUAUUUUUAAAAUAAAUAUAGUUUCUGUUUAUAACACAUUUUCAUUAAUUUUUUUCCAAAAAAUAUAUUUCUUUGAUGGUCUCAAUGAGAUUAGACCAGUAUCUACUAGUAGGUGAUAUUUUAUAUUUAUUAUAAACUUUAUACAACAAGCGUGUACAGGUGGACUUAAUGCCUUAGGCAUUGUCUCCCAGUCAACCUUUAAGCAAUGCAGAGAUGAAAGUAGCAAGCGAUUUAAACCUUUAUAAAUAGCCAUUGUACCAGUAUAAUAAAUAACAAGUCUCACAAUCA